AUGCUAAAAAAGAUUACAUAUGGAUGUCAGAUAUCGUUGUCGUUAUGCAGUGAGAAUGAGUCCUACCUUUCAACUGAUUAACUUAAUGAUAAUUUAUUGGUUCAUAAGGUCACGCAUCAAAAUGAGAUUCUGAACUUUGAUAAAUGCAUUUUUAUGAUCAUCCCUGUUCUCAAUCAUUUUUGGCUGUGCAAAUUGGUGGAGCUAGUCAAGAAUGACAUCGACAAAGAAAUCAAUAAAAAGGGUAGUGUAAUUGAGCAUCUUAGAAUCCACAAUUCAAUCUAGACAACAGACUAUAAAAUCUUAUGAAAACAAUCUUGAUGAGGAGAUGACGGCCAAUAUCUCAUGUUUCCAAAAACUGCAGGACACAUCACUACUAUUUGGAACAUCCACUUUUCAUUUGGUUCACAAAGACUCUCUUCGAUUUGUGAUGAUAGAUCAAGAAUCAGUUCAAUUGGUUGAAUUUCCAUCUGAUUACACUGUAUUGCACUUCCAACCAGUCUAUUAAUAUCAGAAACAGAUCUCGUGCAUCUUGGAUUCAGAGACUGUGACACUGUGUGCUGCAAAAUCAAUUCAGAAUAGAAAAUGUUAUUUAAGACUGGUUUCCAAGGAUUCAGCAGACCAAGUGUCAUCCACCCAGAUCAAUCCAACAUACUUAAAAAUGAAUUUAUAUAGUAGUCUACAAGAGAACGAGGAUUUGUUGUAUGCAGGAGAUCUGAUUGCAAUCAACCUAAGUGAAACCAACGUACACCAUUAAUCAUAUCAUUCUAGUUGUUUCUGAAUGCCAAAUAGCCCUAUGAUACAUUUCAUGAAAUAGCAGAAUAUCAGAUACAAAGACUACAAAACCAAUUGAGUUCAUUGUCUCUGACUAAGAUCAUCUAUGAGGAUCUCAAAGUGACCUUUGAUGACGUAAUUGAAAGAAUCGGCAUGAAGAGAGUCUAGAAACUUCAGAGCAGUUCAUAUUGGAAGAUAGAAAAAACAAAUGGACAAGGAGGACAGAUUCAAUUUUAUCAACUGGUUAGAUUUAAACAUAACCAAUCCUCUCGGUACUUGGAAUUGUUGAAUGGUGAUCCCAUCUUAACUAACUAAUUGAGUAAACUCUCCUUGUUUAUUUUGAUUCCUAUAGAUGAAGGAUAAAAAAUGUUAAAAAAGGACUCCUAUUUCAAGAUUUAGCAUUAUCAAUCUGGGAUAUAUUUGGAAGAUCAGAAAAACAGACAAGAAAAUAGAAACAUCAACAUCUUGAGAUUACGCAAGAUUGGAGAAUACGAGGACACUGAAACUAAAUUACUCCAAUAUUCUGUUAAGGUUUUUAUAGAAGCCAUAGAAUUAUUGUAAGACAUUAGUGAUUAAGAAAUAAAGUGCUCAGCGUACGAUAUGAAAAAUAAGGAAGGCGAAAUCAGAUUAAAAAUUUAGUUUUAUUUCAUAUACUAAAAGGUUAAGCAAAUAUUGGCCUAUGUGAGUGACUUUUUAAUGAACAAAUUGAUUUCCAAUCUAUCGCCUAAUCAAAAAUAUAAUCAAAUCUCAUUCAUACGACAGGAUGUAAUAAUGAUAAAUCUAUAAAUCUAGUCCUUCAGACAAGAACCACUGUUUCCCCUUAUUUGCCUAUUGUUUUAAAUGCUCAAGCCAGAAUUGGUUGAUCAAAUAGCUCAAAAUGAUAAGGAGUUUUUUGAAAAGGAGGAGAAAUUCUAUUAGGUUACAAAGGCAAUCAGCAGAGCAGACAGAGAUGAAGGGAGGAUUAUGUAUUACUACAGUUAGCAACUUAAGAUGCUCUAAUUAUAAUUAAUUGAAACUAUUAACAUCGUAUUUAAUUAUCAAUAUAAUUUAAUAGAUUUGUAAAGACAAUAUUGAAAAUUAGAACUGCUUUUUUUAGUUUCUGCCUAUACUCCAUAAACACAUUAUACUAUACCCUGAAUUCAUAGCUGUGUUAAAUAGUCUUGUUUGUAAAAAUCGAUUUUUCCUCGAAGAUCUCUCCAAAAUUAGAAAGAGUAAGAUGUAUGCCUAUAAUAGUUUCAUCCAACAAACCCAAUAAAAAUGUAUUCAUUCUUGAGUGGUUGACAGAAAAGGUCUCUUUAAAUUCUGCUGCCAAAACUGAAAUCCCAUUUAGUCAAAAAACAGAAAUUCUACAUUUAUUAGCCACCUGUUGCUCUUUCGGAGUUGAGGCGAUAUUUGCAAAUCAGGAGAUGAUUUUCAAGACGUUGAUAAAUAAGAAGAAGAACAUCACCCUAAUGAAAUGUGUGGUAGAUGAAGAGAAGAAUAUUAUUGUUGCUUGUAACGGUAAGAUGGGCCCUGUUUCUAUUAAAUUUGAAGCCUAUUUUGAAUCUGAUCAUAAGAAUUCCAAUCCUCAUUUUUAGGAAGAACUUAAUUUUCUAAAGGCUCAAUUCUUCUUAUACUCUCAACUGUGUCUAUAGAGAAACUAUGACUCUAUCAAAUAUUUUGGAGAACAAUUUAGUGACAACUCCCUUGUUCCCUUAUUAAAUAAUAAUUUGAUUGAUCCAGAGUUGAGAGCACACUUGAUUGCCCUUUGCAAAAACAUUUACUUGGACAGGGAUCCCUUGAUCUCUCAAGCUAAGCCAACCCUGAUCAGAGUGAACAUUCGUAAUAGUUAAACAUUCUUUGAUAACAUGUUCUAUGAUGAUGAGGAUGAAGUGUUCGAUAAGGUGGAAUUGGAAACGAAAUCCUUGUAUUAUGUAAUUAAUCAAUUCAAAGAGAUAUUGAGUUCUUAUUUGAAGUAAAUGGUUAACAAUCUUCACGAACAGUAACCUUUAAAAGUAUACAAUCUUCUCACCUUAUAAAUUAUGAGAAUCUUAUUCAUGUUGUUGCAAUUUGGAUAGUUUUCUAAGCAAAAUGAUGAGAUGGCCAAGUAUAGGAUGGACGACUCCAAGGAAAUCGAAUAUGUAUUGGAACGGUUGAUUUAACAACUGUCCGUAUUACUUGAGUAUGACUUUGAUUACUAAAAGGCGAAUUCUAUAUUGAAAUAAAAGAAUGUCAAUGAGAAACUAGCCAAGAUCAUUUAAAUUCAGUCAUUGAAAUUCUUUAGAAAAGCAGAGAAAAAGAAGAUCAAUAAAAGCAGCAUUGAAACAAUUAGAGAUCCCCUCUUAAGAAAACUGUAGAAUGUUAAACGAGUCCUGAACAGAUUUUACAAUAAGAUCUUCAGUGCUUAAACGAGUACUUCGGAUUAUGAAAUAGAAAUUAAGAUAGAGAUUUGUAAAAUAUUCCAAUACCUUUUGGACAUGAGAUUGGACUUUAUGAUUGAUAAUGCAAUCGCCUUUUUCACUAAUACUUUCUUGCCUUCUCUUUCCAAGAAAUUCAUACAUUCUGAUAAAUAAUAGCUGCAUGAUUCAACUGAGAACAAGUCCAAUUUGCAGAGCCAUACAGUCUAUUAUAAAAAGAAAUAUUUGGCGUAAUUAUAGGGAUUAUUGAGGGAAGACCUCCUCAAACCAGGAUAGAAGAAGUUUUAAUAAAGAGGAAUUAAGGAUCAUGUUCAGAUCAAUAGGAUUAGACACUUUGAUCGGAUUAUUGAUAGACCCUUUAUAGAGGUGUUAUUGAAAGGAUUCUACUUUGCAAACGAUCAUGUCCUUCAAAAUCACAUCGUAGAAUUAAUUGAAAGAUUCCAAAAUCAAAGAUCUGAGUUUUGUAAUUACUUAAAGCAAAUAUAAAUGAUAAUGACACAUAAUUUGUAGAUUAUCUACAGGACGAUGUAUAUUUUGGUUUAAAAGUUGAAAAACAAUGUGCAGAAUUCCUAAAUUUGGUUGCGUCUAGAUAUCCCAAUAGCAUUAAAUGAAAAGAAUGAGGAAACCAUUGAAAAAGUACUAGAGAAGUUGGUUGAGAUUUAUACAAUAAUAUCCAAAAAUGAAGCCAAUGAGAAAUCAGUUAGAAAGAUAUUCCUAAAUUGUGGUGGUUACUAAGUGAUCCACCAAUUGAUAGUCAAAUGCUUGUCAGUGAUUGAUGUGAAUAUGGACAUCUUCGAAUGCAGUUUUGAAUUAACUGACUAUGAUGAGUAGAAAUAGUAUCAAUAAGAAUUGGCUGAGAAGAUCCUAUCCAUCUUUUAAGCAUGUCUUCGCUUAAUAGGACUAUCAGUCAGAAAUGAUUACUAAAGCUAAGAGUAAUAAGUGUAUAUGAUAUCGUAGGUUUGUGUUGAUCAAAUUAGCAAGGCCCUUAUUAAGAUACAACAUGGUAAAUUUAGGUCAGAUUGAAUUAAUCAAUGAAUUGUUUUCCAACAAUCAGAACUUGCUGCCUUUAGUGAAUUCAAAUGAUUUGUAUCAGUUGCUAGAAUAUGUCAAACUCUAUGGAAAAUACUAGUCAUUUAUUGAACUCUUCACUUCCAUUGUCCGAAACAAGUAGUGCUAAUCACUCUACAAAGACAUCUAUUAGGCUCUGAUUCAAUGCGAAUCAAAGGACAUCAACGUAUAUCAAAUUCAAUUAUAUUAUUUAGCCAUUUUAGGAAAAUUACAACUUUUAGAAAUUCUAUCCAAAUUAACCAAACAUUGAGGAAUUUCGAUAGAGUUUCCUUAAAAUAAUAGAAGUUGUUUUAAUUCACGAUGAUAGAGCAGCCUUAUCAGUCAAAAUACUGGAAGUGCUUGAUUUCACUGAUUUGACAUCCUAUUUUUUAGAAAAGACAUAAGAAAUGAGGAAUACUAAUCUGGAUAUCGAAUUACAGGAUAGUAUAACUAAGGUAAUUGUUGCAAUUACAUUAGAUCAAAUUUGUCAUCUGCAGAAUAAUAUUCACGUUAUCAAAAAAGAAGAAAAAAUUGUUGUUAGUGCAUGAGAGUUACUUUUUGCAAAUCAUCAGUAUCGAAGCAUCGUGGCUUGAGUAGUAAGAGUUCUUAUAGCUUUCUGCUAAGACUUAUAUUGUUGAAGCACUAUUGCCUUUAAUAAAUACGUACAACGAAUAUGCCAACAAGAAAAACUCAUUCAAAACAGACAUAAUCUAAAUUAGGAGUUACGCUUUGAGUGUUCUAAAACAAUAUUCGUAAUUGACUAAGAAUGGCGAUACUUCAACGAAAUAUCAAGUUCACAGACUGAUCAAAGCCUUUGAAAUGAAAGUCCCAGAUGAAAGGAGUGAAUCCGAUUCAGAUCAGGAGAGGUUGAUGAGUGAUAUCAAUGGAGAGACGUUUAAAACUGAAAAGUUUGAGGAAUACUAGGCCACAGAAGUAAGUGAUGGAUCUGAUCAAGGGUGUAAUGAUUUAGAGUUGUGGGAGUUCUUUAAGAAAUUAUUUGAAAACAAUCCAAAAAUUAAGGAAUUUACUGAAACUGAUCAACUAGCUUAAUCCAUUUGGUAUGUGAGCGAUAUGUUUACAAACGAUUUUUGGUAGGACAAAGAAAAAAGAUAAUUGAUUCUUACUAGUGAUGAUAUACUACAAAAGCUUUUAGCAUUUUUAUAGUUUUGGAAGUCAAACAAAGCAUCUAAAUAAAGUGCUAUAUUUGCCAUUAAGUUGUUAAUACAAAUAAUAAACAUAGAUGGGAACAGAAUUUAAAUACUUGAUCAAUUAGGAGGCACAAAGGUCAUACUAACUUUAAUUUGGGAGGAGAAUGAAAGUGAGAAUGACUACAUAAUUUAAUUAUUGAUUUUAAUCAAAGGACUCUUAGUUAGUAAGCAUGUUUAGAAGACAACCUUAACCUUUUUGAGUCUUGCUAUUUCUAGUGACAAGUUCUUUUAAAAAAUGGAAAUGCUAUUGACAAUAGAGCAGGAUUUAAAAAUAUCUACUUUGGUUUUGGAAAUCAUGGAAUUGAUGUGUAAUGACAACAACAAAGAGUUACAAAAUCUGAUUCGUUAUUAGAAGAACAAUAAAAAGUCGUAUGAUCUUGUCCAGUAGACAAUCAACUAUUUGUGCUCUUUAGAUAUUAAAAACAAUUACGAGUAACUAAUUUAAUGUUUGAAGACGAUAAAGUCUCAAGCGUAUGCGUGUAGACCAAAUCAAACAUUAGUAGCCAAUUCUAAAUUUGUUGAAUUCUCCAUUCGAGUGUUAAAUGACUCAUCAUUAUAAUCCUAAUUAGAUGAUGAGCAAAUUAAUUAAUUGAAGCAUUAGUGCUUAAUAAUCUUGUUGGUAGUGGCUGAAAUUAAUACCAAAGAUGAUUAUAUUGUGUAGAAAUUAAAGAAAAUAGUUCCUAAGACAGUGCUAGUAUAACAUUUUGUCAAUGUAUAUCAUUAAAUGGUAAAUUGUUAUGGCGAUGACAAUUACUCUAAAUUAAUAUUUGAAGAUCAACCAAAUUUCAUUAUGGAAAGUGGAUUCAAUGCUUACAUUUUAUAUGUUAUUCUUUCAGAACUCAAUUAUGUUGUGGAAGACUUGGAGGAAUUUGAAAAAAAUGAAGAUGAAGGAUAAUUAGUCUAGGAUUUCCUGAGGGAUAAUAUACUAAAUGAACUCACAAGAUUGGGCCAAUCCUUGAUGCAACAUGGAUUGGAGUAGUUGAAUCAAAUCAAGUAGUAAAUUAGUGGCCAAGUUGAAGAAAAGAUCAACAUAAUCAAAAAGCACGAAAUGAUCCACAAGGCAUUUCAAUUUUACAAAUUGAAUACAUUAUAAGUUGAAUUUGUAAAAGACGAUGUACUUUACCUGACUUAUUUUCCAAAAUUGCCAUGCUUCUACUUAUUGAGAUAGGAAACGAAAAAACAAUUCUUAGAUCAAGCAGAUAGAACAAGCACUAAAACCAAAAUAAUAAGUCUUGUUAACUUUGUGGAUUCAGCCUAUAAGUUUAUGCUCCAUUAAGAGGCCCUAAGAGACUACUUUAAUAAUCACAAGUUCUUAGAGAUAUUGGCUAGAAGAGGCAAACUUUGGAUGCAACUUGCUUUCUACAAUGGAUUCUUUAUAAACUUAAUCAUAAUUUUAAGUUAUACUCAAUUAGCAUUUCCCCCAGGAUACUAGCCUAAAGAUCCUGAUGUAAUUUAAUAUUACCGAUUGAAUGAACCAAGAUUCUUAGGAGAUUAUAAUAACACAAAUACUAAGUACUAUUUGAUGAUCUUGGCUUAUUUGAAUCUUGCUAUAAAGUAAUAUUCAUAUUGUAACUCAUAGUUUCAUGGUUUUGUUUUUUUAUCUCAUUGACAAAGCCCCUGUUAAAUUGUAAUUUGUUUGGAAUGCUUGGCAUGCUUCUUCACUUAUUGGACAUAUGGUUUCUGGGUUGAUUAAGGUGAUUAUCUCAAUCAUAGUUCUGGUCAUUGACUUCGACAUUAUAUACUACAUUCUCUAGAUAGCAUUCAACAUCAUUGGAAUAACAAUUCACCCAUUCUUUUUGGCAUUUCAUCUGAUCCACAUUCUCUAUUUGGAACCACUCAUACCCAUAUUAAAGGCUGUUUGGUUGGCUAAAUUUAAAUUCAUUGGAUUAUGGUUAAUAAUAGUGCUGUUUGAAUAUUGGGUAGCCUUGAUUUCAUAUGUGUAUUUCUUUGAGUUUUUCGUUACUGAUAAGAAUCAGAAUCUUUGCGAUCAUUUGUGGCAAUGUGUUUAUGUGACCUUUGAUUGGACAUUUAAAACAGAUGGGUCUGUCGGAGGCAGGUUCAUGGAAAACAUAGGAGAACAGACUGAGGAAACGUAUCUGAGCAAUCUCAAUAAUUAUUAUGGAAGGUUCUUCUAUGACAACAUCAUAAAUGUAAUCAUAAAAUUGUGCGUCAUUAAUGUUCUCCUGGCUGUCAUUAUCAUUUCUUAUUCGGAAUUGAGAUCAGUCCAAAAGUAAAAGGAGAAGGACUAGAAUCACAAGUGUUUCAUUUGUGGAAUCGACAGAUUGGUGUUCGAUAAAACUAGUCAAAACACUGGGUUUUGGCAUCACAUUAAAGUUGAACACAAUAUUUGGAAUUACCUAUUCUAUAUGUGCUAUUUGAGAAUGAAGUAAUCCAAAUUUAACAAUGGUGUCGAUAAUUAUAUAAGAGCAAAGCAAAUGGCUGGAGAUUACUCAUGGUUUCCAAUUAGAAGAGCGAAAGCCUUGUCUGUUAAGUUUUAAAUGAUUGAAAGUGUCAAACACAAAGUAAUUUCUUAACUUAAAAUUAGAAUGCGACUUCAAAGUCUAAACUAAUCUGUAUGCUCCACUCCUUAAGAAGACUGGUUUGGAUUCAUAAAUAAUUCUGA